CUUUACUGCGCGAGCAAGUCGCCGGUGGCCGCCGCCUUUUGCGCUCAGGACCUCGCGCGCGCGCGAGCUGACAUCACCGCACUUAUGAGUGAGGCGCGGCAACGGUGCAGUAGAGGCAACGGCAGCUCGAUACUUGGCCCGUCCGCCCAGUGGUCGCAGUUUGCGCAAUCGCUCCGCGUCAAGAUAUGGAGCUCGUACAGCCCGUUCAUGCCGCAGCGCGACUCGAAGCUUGAGAACCGCAACGGGUACGCUCUCGCCUUUCCCGAAGCGGAGAUCAGCAUCACCGACUACCUCCACGAGCUGCCAGCGGAGGAGAAGGCGAGCCACCCGCCGGUGUCGGUCGAGCACUGCGAGGUGGGCGACGAGGACGGCGAGAGCGUCUGGACCUUUGAGCGGGUCGGGCCCUUCCACAGCCGCGGCGCCAGCUGGCACUCUGCCGGCUGGAGGGAUGCAGGCCGCUUCGGCGCCGCCCUCGCCGAGCCGACAGCAGGGCCGCUCUCCGUGAGCGCGUACGGCUUCCGCCCCGUCGCGGCGGACGGGACACCGAUCGGCCUGCCGCCCGUGCACAUCCACCACAUGCACGUCACCUCCUCCCAGUCGCUCGCGCGACAGUGGCUGCGCCGGAGCAGCGACGGUUUCGGACUCUACGCCGUCGAGUUCGACCUGCACGGCGACCGGCAGUGCGCCUCCUCGAGCGGCGGGAUGAACUGCACGGUGCGCGCCUUCCCCGCCGGGUACGGCAUGCACAUCACGGACCCGAUGGAGACCUUCUUCGACCUCGCCGACGUGCGGCCCGCUGGCUCGCCGCCGCUGACCUUCUACGCCGAGCACGCGUACCGCUGGACCCGCGCCCCGCGCCGGAGGGUGGGCAAGCUGCUCACGAUGAUCAGCACGGGCUCCUCCAAGCCGCACGACGACUACCUGCGGUGGAAUCGGUACUCACCAAUUCAUUGCAAGUCAUCUCCUUAGGCACCUUCAAGCCGCACGACGACUACCUGCUCCACUUCGACGCCGCCCGCCCGAGCGAGUAUCUCUACUGGCAGGAGGGGCGCUGGCCCGCGAACGUGUCGCUCGUCCACCUCUACUGGCACACGCACCACGCGUAUGUGGACGACCUGUGGGCCGUCUCUGCGGGUGCCGCCUCGCUGCGGCUGCGGCAGCUCUUUGGAGGCAUGUUUUCCAACCUCACCGCCUUGGGGCUCGACGUGCGCAGCGCGCAGCGCCUCAUCCUCGCGCAGCUGUCUCGCGCCCAGAGCGAGUGCGUCGCGUGCGCCUCGCCGCCGCUCCUCCGCUGCAGCCUCGACCCGGACCGCUGGGAGGCGGUCGAGGGAGACGCCGCUCGCUCGCACUACUCCCGCUACCGCGCGCCGCAUUGCCCCGAGUGGGACGUCGUGGCGGGCGAGCCGUUCACGCUGCUCGCCUUCCACAAGCUGCAGCCUCAAGGGGCCCUGCAGGCGAGAGGCGUCUCGCAGCACUACUGGAUGCACAGCGCUCUCUACGGUCUCUACGUCGGCAAGGACGCCGCGCAGCCCAUCCCGCACGGCAUGUACUACGAGGACCUCAUGCUCGGCGGCUCGUCGCACCCGCUCGACAAGCCGGAGAGGGGCGGCAAGCAGGCCGGCUGGUGGAAGCCGACGUGGGGCGGCAAGCAUUACUGACACUGCCUGUGAAAAAGCAGGUUGCCACUUGCCUGUUAGAGAACAGAGUCAGGCAGCGUGAUACGUGUAUUAUACGAUAGUAGUAGUACGUGACUCUCUCUCACAAUUACAACUCU